CUUCUCAAGCAAUUUCCUUUCACCCUCCUCCUUUCACACUCUCUUCGUCACGAAAGACGGAAACAGCAGAGGAACAACCGAAAAAGGGGACUGAUUUCCCCUACCACUUAUUUGUCUCGUAUUUACAUCCUCCUACAAAGACAACAAAUACUCAACGUAAAAGUGAAAAGUCAGCUAAACUGAUAAAUUUGUAAUUAAAAAAGGAAGAUGCAGUUUUACUGGGAAGGUCGUAAAAUCCACAUUGUUUUCACUCUUUAUGGAUUACUUGCAUUGGUCACUGUGGGGGAGAUAAAGGGUAAACUGGACGAUAAGGACCCUUCUUUUUUGGAUCAUAAUAUUGAUAAGCAUGUCAUCUUCGCUCUUCCACUCUCUCAAGGAGCAUACGACUUUGAUGUGGAUGGAUUUAUUCCUAAACUUCCAUUGCAAAGGAUGGGAUCUAUUCAUAAAGAGAUGAUUGACACCAUUAAGAAGGUCGCAGAUCGAAAGAAACAAAUUCAGCACAUUCUUACUGUUAGCAAUACAAUUAAUAAGGAUUUGGACCAAUUAAAGUAUAAAAUUGAGCAAGUGGGAGUUGCAGCCAAAGAUAUUGAUAAGAAAAGUCUUAAAGCAGAUGGUUUCAUAUUUCUAGCUGGUCAUUCCACACUAAUGUGCAACUUUGUCAUUUACUUUCCGGAUAUAAUGAAACAACUAUUAAUCAGAAAUCCGACGUUUGAUGCUAAUGUAAAAUGGGCGAUUCAGUUUGUCGUACAGGCCAAAUUGAUCAAGGAAGAAAAGUUGGCGAAACCCUUCAAUUUAGUGAAGCCCAGCAAGAACUUGAAAUGAUUCCAAAGGAUCCGAAUUAUCAUAAUCCAUACAAGUACGAGAAUCGAAUGCAGUCAGAACCAACUCCAAGCACAACGACGACAAAGAAACCACGCCGAAAAUUACAACGAGGACCUCGACUGUCCGGUGGAGAGUUGUGAUUUGGUGAUAGUUUUCCAGUAUUUCCUAUGUUCUGUAUUUCAAGCGUUUCAGAUGAGCUUUUGAGUACAGGUAGUACAAUUUGUAUUUCUAAUUGUACACAAUGAAUACAGAUCUCGAAGAAAAUUAGGCUAACUAGAAGUAGGAAACCAUAAAAAUAAAAAACAGGACAAAGUAUUUCUUAUUGUUAAAUAUAAUACAUGUAGUAUAUUUUGUAGAUUAUAUACUUGUUUGUUGUGAUAAAUUGACGAGUCUCUCUCUCUGUGCCAGUCAUACAAAUUUAAUGCUCAAGAGGUGACAGACUGCUGUUUAGGAAUUUAUAUUUUGGACGUAAUUUUUCUACACAUUUUGUGUUUUCAACCUCGUAAUUUAUGUAUCUUUGGUUUUAGGCACUUUAACUUCUAGUUAUAGGUUGUAGGAACCAUAUAAUUUCCUGUCGUGUCUGGAUGAAUAAAUAAUAGAAUAAAUUAUCACUGGA